CUCUUUCAUUUCGUCAAGAUACAAUUUUAUAAUUCAUCGAAUUACUGUUUUCCCCGGAGAAAACGCGAUUUGCUUGAUUCAGCGCCGGUUCGGCCUCGGCUGUCGAAGCACGUGUCUCGUUGUAGCCGCGUGGUGUUACGAACGGGGAGCGAGAGGCCGGUAAGAUGAGACUGAGGACUCGCUUGAUUAACAUUUGCAUUCGGCACAAGUGCGUGGACGCGCGGGACGGCGUCGGAGCUUCCAAGAGGACUCGGUGGAAGAGGGUGCGUCUGAAGAGCGCCCAAGACGCGGAACCUAACCGGGAGAGCCUAACCUCCAAGAGCGACAAAUCUACCACGAGUUCUCUUUACAACUCGCCUGUGAUACCUGUUAAUUUCGAAGCGGGCUUCCUCAAGUUGUUCACAGAGUCUGAGAGAGCACCGAGCAAGUCGAACGUCAGUACGCUGGCGUCGGGGAAGUCGGUGACGAAACUAGAUAUCACGAUGUCGUCUGCAACGAAGCGUAAAUACGUUUUUCAAGAACUCGACGAUAUGACCCUUCCCACGGAUUCACAAAGCAUCGUACGAAUUGUACAGGCGCGCGGCCACAAUCUUCACGAAGUUGUCACGCCUACCGGAGAACAGUUCAUCGUCUCGAUGCCCACCAAAUUUAGGCAAAAUAUCUGGGUGAAGAGAGGUGACUACAUUGUUAUCGAACCAAUCAUGGAAGGCAAGAAAGUCAAGGGCGAAAUUGUUAAGAUACUCACAAAGGAUCACAUAAAAUGGUAUCGUGCACAGAAUUGUUGGCCGCCAGAAUUCGAUGAGGAUCCAAAGAGGAAUGGACAUUCAAUACCAACGAAUUACACUAAGUGCGACGACGAAGAGCUUUUCGUAAAUACGAAUAGGUGCCCCACUAAUCAGAAAAUAAGUGACAAUGAAAGUGAUUCAGAUUCUAGUGAAUCUGAUUCUCAUUAGCUCGUGACUUUUCUUUUUGAAAUAUAAGUUUCAUAUUAUGUCCGUCCUUCUUGAAUUUGGACAGCGACAUCGCGGGUCUGCGUAAAAAACGCAGUCAAAUAAAUCCAUUGCUGAUGAAAAGCGGAAUGGGUAAUUGGGAAGGCAUACAAAGGUCAUUAAUGCUAAAUUGUUGCUGCAGGAUUUGACGAGCAGUAAUUUAUUCGUAAAUCAUAACAAGACGAAGUAAA